AUGGGUUGUCAUACUUGUACUCAUUUACGUCGUUUAAAAGAAUCUGAGAAAAAAUCUUAUAUGGAUUUUACAAAACAGAAUAUAACUGCCCAAAACUCUGGUGUAUUUGAAAGAGGUUACAUACCAACUUCUAUUACAACUACCAGCAGUUCUAUUUCUA